AUGUCUUUGACGGCAUCUGCGGUCACAACAAUUUGGACUGCACUAGCCGACGACCCAGACGAUGGCGGCGAGCACCGAUGGGAGGAUCAGACAAAACAGCAGCGUGAUUUGUACACCCAAUUCGUGAUCAGUUUCGCUCUCGGGCUGGGGGCUUUCUUGUCUUUUUGUGUUUUGCGACCGAAAUGGACGGAACUAUAUGCUGCGCGGAGAAAACAGCGAUCCUCCGCUUCGAGGUUGCCGGAGCUUCCGGAUAGCUUGUUCGGAUGGAUACCUGUGCUAUAUCGCAUUACCGACGAGGAGGUGCUACAGUCGGCGGGCUUAGACGCAUACGUGUUUCUGUCCUUUUUUAAGUUUGCGACUCGGCUCCUGCUAUACGUGUUUAUCUUUGCAGUCGGUAUUAUUUUGCCUGUUCACGUCAGCUAUACUGGCAAUUCUGGAAUUCCUGGCUGGGAUACCGAACCCGGUAAUAACUCGAUAACUGCACUUGCGACGGUUGCAAAGGGCGAUAAGGAUACAGUCCCUGAUCUUACCUACCUGUGGAUCUAUGUCGUUUUUCCUUAUGUGUUCAGCGGUCUGGCUAUCUACCUGCUUCUCCAGGAAACAAACAAGAUCAUCCAUACCCGACAAACCUAUCUUGGAAAUCAAACCAGUACAACAGAUCGCACGGUCCGUCUUUCGGGUAUCCCGCCUGAAUUGGAAACUGAAGAUGAUAUUAAAACCUUUGUGGAGGGAAUACACAUCGGCAAGGUUGAGAGUGUUACCUUGUGCCGCAGAUGGCGCGAGCUAGAUGAGUUGAUUGACGAGCGAAUGCAUAUUAUUCGAGGAUUAGAACGCGCAUGGACAAAGCAUAUCGGAUACAAGCGUCCACGAAGUGAUGGGAACACUCUGCCACUAACCCGCCAACCGCCGGCUACCUCAAACAGGCCUCUUGAUGACGAUGACGAGCAUUCUCAUCUACUAUCAGAAGGCCAACGCCCCCAUGUUUCUGGUUAUGCCAACGAGCGGCCCCGAGUCCGUAUUUGGUACGGCCCGCUCAAACUUCGGUUCCGAUCAAUUGACGCAAUCGACUAUUAUGAAGAAAAGUUGCGCAAGAUUGAUGAACAGAUUCUGAGUGCCCGAGAGAAGGAGUACCCUCCCACCGAGAUCGCCUUUGUGACCAUGCAAUCUAUUGCAGCUUCCCAGAUGCUCGUCCAGGCCAUUCUCGAUCCGCAUCCGAUGCAAAUGUUUGCUCGACUUGCUCCGGCACCAGCUGAUGUGAUUUGGAAGAAUACCUAUGUUUCACGUACUCGGCGAAUGACACAGUCGUGGUUUAUCACCCUUGUCAUUGGGUUUCUUACUAUAUUCUGGUCGGUUCUUCUGUUGCCAAUUGCCACUUUGCUGGACCUUCAAACCUUGCACAAGAUUUUACCUUCGCUUGCCGAACUUCUCUCUGAACACCCGAUCGUGAAGUCCUUAGUCCAGACGGGUUUGCCUACUUUGGCAUUCUCGCUUUUGACUGUGGCUGUCCCGUAUCUCUACGAAUGGCUCUCCAACAAUCAAGGAAUGAUGUCUCGUGGAGAUGUUGAGUUGUCCAUCAUCUCAAAGAACUUCUUCUUCUCCUUCUUCAAUUUGUUCCUCCUCUUCACUGUCUUUGGAACGGCAAGUGGUUUCUACGGUCUUUGGGAACACUUGCGUGAUGCGUUCAAGGACGCCUCAACCGUUGCCCUGGCGUUGGCCACCUCGUUGGAGGGCCUCGCCCCUUUUUACAUCAAUCUAUUGAUGCUUCAAAGUCUGGGUCUCUUCCCCUUCCGACUUCUUGAGUUUGGCAGCGUUGCUCUGUACCCCUUGCGUUUUCUUUGGGCACGGACACCUCGGGAAUAUGCGGAAUUGUCCACGCCUCCCCAGUUUAGCUACGGCUUCUCUAUUCCGCAGACCAUUCUCAUUUUGAUCAUAUGUAUCGUCUACAGCGUGUUCCCCAGCUCCUGGCUCAUUUGCUGCUUCGGGCUAGUGUACUUCACCAUCGGCAAAUUCAUCUACAAGUACCAGCUGCUCUAUGCGAUGGACCACCAGCAGCACUCCACUGGUCGGGCUUGGCCCAUGAUCUGCAAUCGCGUGUAUGUCGGGCUAGUGGUGUUCCAACUGGCUAUGAUCGGUGUGUUGGCUCUUCGCCAAAGCAUCACUCGUCCGUUGCUGUUGGUGCCUCUUUUGGGCUUCACCAUGUGGUUCAGUUACUGGUUUUCACGGACUUAUGAACCGCUGAUGAAGUUCAUCGCUCUCAAGAGCAUUAACCGGGAACAACCCGGUGGCGGCGAGAUAUCUCCUUCCCUUUCCGCUACUCCGUUCUCGCCACCCUCUGGUUUGGAUCGCGAUGCGCUACCUAUCCGGAUUGGCGGGGCAGAACUGGAGCUUCGGUUGAAGAAGUAUGUUCACCCGAACUUGAUCGUACCGCUGCAUGACGCAUGGAUCCCGGGCCGCCGCCCCCAGGGCAACGGUGCAUCUUUGCACGAGUCCCAUGAGUCGUUAGGCCCUCUCUCCGUUUAG